AAUUCUUCUUCACCUAUUUCGACUCUCUCUCUCUCUCUCUCCUUCUGGCUCUCUAGAUUUGGAGAAUAGAGCAGUACUUAUUGUAUUACUUGUGAUAUUGUAGUUAGAAGAAGAAAUUAUACUAUUACAAGAUGUUGGGGAAGAGGCCUAGGACGACGAUGAAGAGGACCACAAGUAUGACGGAGAUCACCUUUGAUCUGAACACCAACGACGAAUCUCAGCCGUUCGAUCCACACAACCCUCUCAAGAAGACCACCGCCGCCGGAGCAGGCGGCGAUCAUCAACGGAUACAAGGCGGCCUCUGUAAGAGUAAUUCCGCUGACUUUACUCAGACUACAAAAAGCAUUAAUACUACUUCUCACUUUCUUAGAGCGUGCUUCCUCUGCAAACGCCGCCUCGUUCCUAAUCGUGAUAUUUACAUGUAUAGAGGUAUUAGUGCUUACUGCAGUCUAGAGUGCAGACAACAUCAGAUUAACCACGAUGAGAAAAUGGACAAAGAAGCUCAUGCCUCCAACUCAGCUGCCACGUCAGCCAGACCCCAUGUCUCUACCAAAUCUGAAACUACCACCGUCCCCGCCUUGUGGCCACCGAUCAUUACCCCAAAACGAUGACGUUUCUUCUACUUUUGGGCAGUACUAUUAAUAUAGAUAUUAUAUAUAUAUAUAUGUCAAAUGCGUAGUAGCUAUUAUUGGAGGUGUUAAUUUAGAUGUUAUAUCUAUGUAUUAUAUAUGUGUGUGCUUGCAAAAUGGGCUAAUCAUGAAGCUUCUUAUUUGUUCAAGCUUGUGAACUGUUCCAAAAAAGAAAAGAAAAAUGAAGCUAUAUAUUCCCAAUUCGAUGUCCCUCCUAUAUUUUUCUUUUUCAGAAAUAGUAAUGGAGCAAAUUUACAAAAUUUUAUUCUAUA